AGAUUCUAUCCGCGAGCGACCAGUCUCACUCAUCUACUCACCAGCCACUCUUCUGAAAAUCUAGUGUUUGUGCGUUUAUUUGUGCUAUAUUUAUUAAAAAUUGAUCCCUGUAAACAUUUUAUCGUUAAUCACAAUCAACUUUCAAAGACCAUGGCCAUGGCGGACGAUCUUUGGCGUGAAUGCGCCGCCUGGCUGACUCGGUGCAAAAUCAUCCCAGCGGAUCACAAAGCGAACCAGUCGGAUUCCGAAAUCAAAACCCUGGCUGGAAUCCUGCGGGAUGGCGUUUUGCUGUGCAAUCUGCUGAACUUUCUGGACUCCAGUGCAUUCGAGACGCGAGAUUUCAACCGGAAACCCCAAAUGGCCCAUUUUUUAUGCAUUCAAAACAUCAAGCUUUUCUUGGAAAUAUGUAAAACCAACUUCGGCCUUAAGGAUUCGGAUCUGUUCGAUCCCACCAUGCUGUAUGAUCUCACCAAUUUCCAUCGUGUGCUAAUAACAUUAUCUAAACUUUCCCAAUCUCGUAAAGCCCAGUUGGCGCAUAAUAUCGUCGGCUUUAACUAUCAAAUAUCUCAGUCGGAUAAGAGUCAUUCUGAUGAGGACAUCUAUAAAGACCUACACGGAUCAUCUAACAUUUAUACUACUACUAAACCGGAAGUUAGGGAUGUUGUCGAAACAAAUAACGUAAACCAGUCUUAUGGAGUGACGUGGACCGAAGACCAUCAUUCUUACUUUGAUUACGAAGGGGGUGCCUACGACAACAUCGCCAAUAAUUGCGAGAAAAUAUAUGAAGACCUAUGCUACGUUACUUUUUCUUCGUCUACUACACUGCAGUUCACAUCGACAGCCAGUUUCGAACAAAGAGAUUUCGUCAUUAAGGAGCUAGUCGACACCGAAACUAAUUAUCUGGAUGCUUUAAUAGCUUUAAAAUACAAAUUUAUGCAACCACUAGAAAGAGCGCUAACAAAAGAGGUGCUACGCAUAAUAUUUCCCUGUAUAAAAGAGCUAGUAGACAUCCACGAGAAAUUCCUUGCUAAAUUGAAGGAUGCUGUAGCUGUGGAUUCCAAACUGAAGCUUAGUGUAGUAUUUUUAGAAUUCAGAGAACCGUUUCUAAUCUAUGGAGAUUAUUGUUCCAGUAUGACUAACGCCACUGAUAUGCUUCGAGAAGUGUGCAAAAAAUCAUCCAACGUCGAACAAAUUGUUAACCAAAGCCAAAAAGAGCACAGUGAUGGUCGACUGCAACUACGUGACAUACUAUCUGUUCCUAUGCAGAGAAUCUUGAAAUAUCACCUUUUAUUAGAUAAAUUAGUACAAGAAACAAGUCCGUCACACGAAGAUUUCCGUGGCCUUGAACGAGCCAAAGAGGCAAUGGUAGAUGUAGCGCAGUAUUCCAACGAAGUUAAGCGGGAUUCGGAACAUCUGGUUGUUAUACAAAAAGUUAAGGAAAGUAUUUUAGAUUUGAAUCUUCCAAAUGGAAACAAUCUCGAACAGUAUGGUAGGCUUUUGCUAGAUGGUGAUUUGAAUAUAAAAGCCCACGAGGAUCAGAAAACUAAACAUCGAUAUGCCUUUAUAUUUGAAAAGGUCAUGAUAUUAGUUAAAAAUUCGAAUACAAAAAUCGGGGAAGGACAAUAUGUGUUCCGCGAGGCACAUUACCUACAAGACUACCGUGUUGAGAUCUGUCACUCCAGACGAACUUUGGGUCGGGACGGCAGAUUGAAGUACUCUCUACUAUUAGCGAGAAAGACCCAAUCUACAGCAUUUACCCUGUACAUGAAAACAGAAGAAGAGCGUGACAAAUGGAAAAGGGCCUUCGACAUUGCCAUGGAGGUCAUAGAUCCAAUAGGAUGUCGAAACACAGAUCAUAGGUUCAGUGUAUGCACAUUCGACGCACCCAUCAUCUGCAGGCAUUGCUCGAAAUUUUUAAAGGGAAAAAUCCACCAAGGUUACCGCUGUAAAAGCUGUGAAAUAGUAGUGCACAAAGGAUGUAUAUCAUCGACUGGGCGGUGCAAGCAGAACCAGUCUCCGCCGCCGGUGUGCGAUCGAUUGCUGUCGGAGUUCAACUGGUUUGUCGGGGCGAUGGAUCGAGACACGGCUACCAAUAAGUUAGAAAAGAAAAAAGUUGGCACCUAUUUACUACGUGUCCGUCCGCAAGGAGCAUCGAAUUCUUAUGAGACAAUUUACGCGUUAAGUUUAAAAACGGAUAACAAAAUUAUCAAACACAUGAAAAUUUAUCAGAAGCAAGAAAAUUUUAGUGUUCUCUAUUACUUGUCGACUCGGAGGCAUUUUAAAACUAUCGUAGAAUUAGUUUCCUUCUAUGAACGUAACGAUUUGGGAGAAAAUUUUGCUGGCCUAAAUCAAUCGCUACAAUGGCCUUUCAAAGAAGUUAUAGCAACGGCCUUGUACGACUUUUCUCCAAACGAGCCUAAUCAGCUGCCCCUGCGGCAGGGGUGCCAAGUAAUUGUCAUAGGAAAAGAGGGUGAUAGUAAAGGAUGGUGGCGGGGAAAAACGCUAGAAAAGGUUGGAUUUUUCCCCAAAGAAUAUGUACGUGAAAAUCAAACGAUUUCCGAUGAUCAAUGACAUUACGACUAUUUCGUUUACAUCGAACCGCAUGCAACAAAACGCAGGAAUCUCUAAGAUGAAAUUUUCUGGAAAAAAUCUAUAACUACCUUGUUGUUACUGUUAUGCUUUGUUUAAUGGUAGGGAAAAUAAAGUCUAGAAAUAGUGUUUUAAUAUCUAUGUAUAUCAGAGCUGGAUGUAUUGCUAGUUUAUUUCAUUAAUUUUAAAUUAGUGACAUUAAAGAGAGACUUAAUAGUUUCGAUGCCAAAUUUUCUAUAUAUAUUUAAGCCAUAAAAUAUGUAUACAAGAA